GGCCCGCGCAGGCGGCGGAACCGAGCGGGCGAGCGUGCGGCUGCGGCGCCGCCAACUCUUGUGGGACCCACCGAUCCGACCGGCCGCCCGCCGUCCCGUGCGCGGGUCCCCCCGCCUGCAGCCGAGUCCGCCGCGCGCCGCCCAUGCCCUUGUGAGGCUGGCAUGCAGGAUGGCAGGACAGCCCAGCCACAUGCCCCACGGAGGGAGCCCGAACAACCUCUGCCACACCCCGGGGCCUGCACACCCUCCUGACCCACAGAGGCACCUGAACGCCCUGUCUUUUCGCUGCUCACUGGCAGACUUCCAGAUUGAGAAGAAGAUCGGCCGAGGGCAGUUCAGCGAGGUGUACAAGGCCACCUGCCUGCUGGACAGGAAGACGGUGGCUCUGAAGAAAGUGCAGAUAUUUGAGAUGAUGGACGCGAAGGCCAGGCAGGACUGCGUCAAGGAGAUCGGCCUCCUGAAGCAACUGAACCAUCCGAACAUCAUCAAGUAUUUGGACUCAUUUAUUGAGGACAAUGAGCUGAACAUUGUGCUGGAGCUGGCCGACGCAGGUGACCUGUCGCAGAUGAUCAAGUACUUCAAGAAGCAGAAGCGGCUCAUUCCCGAGAGGACGGUGUGGAAGUACUUCGUGCAGCUGUGCAGCGCCGUGGAGCACAUGCACUCCCGCCGGGUGAUGCACCGAGACAUCAAGCCUGCCAACGUGUUCAUCACGGCCACGGGUGUCGUCAAGCUCGGUGACCUCGGCCUGGGCCGCUUCUUCAGCUCCGAGACCACUGCGGCCCACUCUCUAGUGGGGACGCCGUACUACAUGUCACCAGAGAGGAUCCACGAGAAUGGCUACAACUUCAAGUCUGACAUCUGGUCUCUGGGAUGCUUGCUGUACGAGAUGGCAGCUCUCCAGAGCCCCUUCUAUGGAGAUAAAAUGAACCUGUUCUCCCUCUGCCAGAAGAUCGAGCAGUGUGACUACCCACCUCUCCCUGGAGAACAUUACUCUGAGAAGUUACGAGAACUGGUCAGUAUGUGCAUCUACCCCGACCCCAACCAGAGGCCGGACAUCGGAUAUGUGCACCAGGUCGCCAAACAGAUGCACGUGUGGACAUCAAGCACCUGAACUUGGACGCGGCGUGCCGUAUCAGAGCCAGCACCUCUCUGCCUGACUUGUCUUCUCUCCAAAGUGGCCACCUGGUAGCCUAGAGCAACUAGGACAAGAGACCAACUAAGACAACAGGCUUCAGCAGGUUCCCUGGAGGUGGGCGGGCUUUACAGCAGAUGCUGAGUGCAGAGGGGGAGGGCAGUGUCACAAGUUACUGGUGGUCACAUUCAAAGGUCCUUUCUUUAAACUGUUGUGGACUCGGCUGGGUUAACAGAGGUGUGGUUCAGCGAGCCAGGGACGCACCCCUUGUAUCUGGACUGUAAUGUGAAUCUUUAGGAUAAUCUCUUCACUGACUGGUCAAGGCUGAUAGUAACACAAUUGCAGGAGACGGUGUGAUUUGUACUGAGCCUUUGAAAAUGGCUUGUAGCAGGUUCAGUUUAGCUCUUAGAAUCUUUUCAAACAAUCAAGCUGUGUGCUUAAUUUACUCUGUCAUAAAGGGAUAAAGUGGGCUUAAUUUUUUUC